AACCCAGCUUCACGGUGACCCUUGUGGCCAUCUCGAAUCCCCAGAUGACGGCUGAACCCACAGAGCUGGCGUGUCAUGUGACCAACAUUACCCAUCUGCCCCUGGGUGGUCGCCUGGGGGUCACUUGGGGUCACACCACACUUCCUGGUUUAGUGGGCGGUCCUCAGACCUCUAAUUCCAUUGGCUCUCUGGAUGGCUAUGGCAACCUGAUGCCUGGAGCGAUGUAUUCUGAUAGGCUGAAGAGCGGCGUGAUGUCACUGACCAGAGUCCAGCCCGACACGUUCAAACUGCGAUUCCUCCGAACACAGGAGAUCGAUAUGGGCCAGUAUGUCUGCACGGUGUCAGCGUGGAGCGUGAGCAGCCAGGGCGACAUGAUGAACACCGGAGAGGCUCAGAGUGCACCUCUCGCUGUACGAUGGGACACCAAACGUCCCACUCUGAACGUCGUGGCCAAACGGCUCCGUGAAGCCUCGGUGGGCGGGGCUACUUUUGAGAUGAGCUGCGCCGUGGCAACAGAGAACCUCGGGGAGGCGGGCUACUCGGUGCUCGUCCAAUCACAGGACAGUCUGGAGGGCGCUGUGAGGACCAUCAUGACCCUCAGCCCCGACAACGUCCUGCAGCACGGAGGGGCCACGGACCCCAACCGGAGAGACAGUCUGGUUCUGACUAAGUCGGGUCCGGCAGAGUUUCGGUUUCGCCUGGCGGGGGUCCAGCUGUCCGACCGAGGUUUCUACUGGUGCGACAUCACGGCCUGGACCAAGCAGCAGCCGGGCCACACCUGGACCAGAGCCACCAGCGCUGAGUCCAACAAGGUCAAGGUCGACUUCCAGGAGAACGGCCCCUCCUUCUCCGUGGCCAUCCAAUCGGACGGCACCAAUGUGUAUCCGUGGGAAACGGCCAAGAUGGAGUGCUCUCUCAGCGUCUCCGGAUCCUCCCCGAAGACCGGAGCGCACACAGCGCUGCAGGGUUUUCUGGAGCGUUCUCUCGCAGACAGAUGCACCAUGGGAGAAAUUCCCUCUCAGCAUCACAGCUGA